AUGGGUUUACUUGACGGAUUUUCAUCAGAAAUAAUAGGUAUUGUAUCUUUCAUACUUUUCAUCUUUGGUAUAUUUUGUUUAAGAACUUUUAUAAAAUCAAAUACCAAUUUAAUAUAUUGGGCUUCAAUUUUGGGUUUAUCCGGUUUUGCUGCUUAUAAAGGUAUUGAACAAAUAAAAUAUUAUAUUGAUAAAAGUAAAAUUGAAGAAUCCAAAAAUAUUAGAACAAUAGACACAUUAACAACCACUGUUGAACCAAGAAUUAAUCAAAAACAAUGUGAAGAUAUUUUUCGUGGACGAUCAUCAUCAAUGAUUGGUAAAUGUUGUAUGGAAGUGUUUGAUUGUCAUUGUUUGGAUAUUGAUCAUUAUGCAAUAUCAAUACUAGCAACUUGUCCAAGAUUACAAGAAAAAAAACUAGAUGUUGUUUGCUAUUUUAUGGGACAACGAGAUGUAAUGGCUUCAUCCAAUAAAAAACACAAUAAUAAUAAUUUAUCAUUGGUUCAUCGUUUUGAAGAAUAG